AUGCGCUGGUUUUCGGUCUUCCUACUGCUCAUCGCAUUUGUUCUAAUGGGAUUCGCAGCAGCGACUCCCAUAACGAUUCACUUCUAUCUCUUCUCGGUCAAGGUCGAGGUGAGCGCUCUUAUCGACAAGGUCUCCGACGAGUUCCGGUUCGGCGUCUGGGGUUACUGUUCCACCGGUGCGAAGAACUCAUUUGGGAUUGGGAAAGCCAAGAUUAAUAGUAAGGUAACCAAAGGCGGAUGCCAUGAUAGACAGCUAGGUUGGACUUUCAAGGACGUCCCUGGAAUGUCGGACGACUUGCAGGAUGCAAUCCAUGACGGACUAACAGGCGCCUUCGUUCUGCAUAUCGUAGCCGCCGUAUUUAUCUUCCUCGCUCUCAUUUUCGCCCUGAUUAGUGCGGCCAAGCGCGACCCAUCCCCUCAAGCGAUUGACGACGCCUACCGCUACCCCAGGGACUCAGAAGAUGACGAUUCACCCCUAGCGAAAGCGAGAAAGGCCGUCAGCGCGAGAAAGAAGGCCUUCUUUACUACCCUGUUGGCCUUCAUCUUCACGAUGACGGUGUUCAUACUGGACGUCGCCGGGGUUCUGUGCACGAAGAAUACCGUACACAAGAAGAGCAAAGGGCAUGCAAAGUUGGGUUUCGGUCCUGCUUGGAUUUUCGUCAUAGUUACAUUUGGCCUCGUCAUUAUAGCAUUCCUCAUCGCUUUCAUGGAUAAGAAAAAAUCGUCUAAAUUAUUACCUGCUGAGGAACGCAAGAAGGACAAGAAGCGCGAGGAGACCCGAGAGGAAAGCCAGAGUAGGAGCGGGAGUCGGUACAGUCAGGACUAA